AUGGUCCGACGAGGUAGUGGCGUCCGAGCCGGAGCCAGUUCCGCGCCACCUGCCGCAGCCGCGUCGUCAGACGAACCUACACCCCUCGACCAGCUGCGUGCACUCAACAGAGAGCUUGCAGAACGGGACCGUCAAGGUUUUCAAACUCGCACCACUGUCCUUGACCCCUCGAUCGUCAGGACUGCCGAACCUUUCAUCGAAUUCGUGACCAAGUGGGUCCGCGAAUAUUACAGCUGCACCCGCGACGAAGCCUUCGAGCGUAUGAAGCGUGGGGAGAGUCCGGAUGGACUGUCUAUGUCGCUGCUCCAGAAGACUCUGUGGGACUGGCCGAUGCCGGACGAGCGGGGCCUUCGCUCGACGAUGAUCGCGGACUUGGGCCGUAACGUCGCAAACAGAUACCUCAACGAGAUGCGCCGGAUCAGAAGCCUUGCCCUGCUGGACCCUUAUGCUAAAGCGGGCGAGCCGGAUUGCGAGACUCUCAACGUUCCUCGAGAGUUCAGAAACAAGUAUCUGCUGACAAUCGGGACCAUCAGGGCCCAGUGGACGGCUUACUUGCAGGUCAUCGGUCGCGAGCACAUGAUGGACAUCCCAGCGGACCAACUCAACGAGUCCAACUAUCUGCCUUACGCCAGCAUGUCGGUGCAUUUCGUGUCCAACAUCUUCCCCACCUAUGUGGAGCGAGGCCUGCUCCGCCCCGAAGACGACGAGUCACAGCAGCGCUAA